CCUACUGUCAGCUCUAUGUUUGCCUUCAAAUUUAUUACUCCCUAUUGUCCUCCUCUCCCUAUCUGCAUUUGUUGCAAGUGCUGAUUUUGAAUGUUUUCAAUGUUCUACUUGGCCGAAUUGAUCCUAUCCAGAGAAUGGGGCUUUCUAUAGCGUUUUUCUGACUCUGUGGAAACUGGGAUUCGUUAGCUAAAGGAAAUCGAAUUUUCUGAUUUCUGGUCUCUGCGAUAUAUUCCACUUCCAGGUUAUUUGUUAGGCGUUUGGUUGGUUUCUCGGUCUGAGUCGAGGUGACUUAGAAGAUCGUCUAGCUGAAGCUUUGGGAGCGGCUGGCAUGCAUUAGGAAACUGUGCAACGUUGAAACUUGGUGUUGCUGCAAAUCACCAAUACCUCUGAAUGGUGGAGAAAAUGAUUGUAACAAAGCAGUACCGAUGCGUACACUCAGCUAGCUGUCAAUGCACUAAGGGCCACUUAAGUGAAGAUGUGAUAUUCUUAGUAUUUCACUAUUUAAAUUGGAAUCCAAAGCUAAUUGCUACUCUUUCAUGUGUUUGUAAAUGGUUUGAUGAUUUUGCCAAGAGGGUACUGUGGAAGGAGUUUUGCCGAACAAGAGCUCCAAAAAUGAUGAUUGAUCUGCAAUCUAGUGGGAGCCACAGUGUUGACGGAAACUGGAGGGCUUUAGGGAAGCUGCUUAUUUACUGUUCAGGAUGCAAGAAAGGUGGCCUGUUUAAUAACAUUCAGAUCCCUGGUCAUUUUGUGCAUAAAACUCGGUUUUCUAGAACAUCAGGGAAGAGUUUUGUUUUGCCAUCGUGUAGAACUGAUGUUUUAUACGUGUCUGAUCCUUGCGAGCAUCCUCAACAAGGAGAAGAAGGGGAUAUAGGAUUCUUCCGUGGAGUUUUCAAGUCAUUCUCUACGUCAAAAGUCAGGAAGAUGCUUAUUAGCAGAGGUGCCAAGCUCCAUCCUACAGAAGUUUGCCCUUACUGUAAAGCAAAGUUGUGGAGCAUGCUGCAGGCCAAAAUGAUUCCACAAAGUGCCAGCUGCAGGUUGGGUUCCUAUGAAGAUUGUGUUGAGUACUAUGUGUGUCUCAAUGGUCACAUGUUGGGGAUCUGUACCCUGUUACCAUUGUCUGAUUCAGAAGAGACAUCUGAGUUUGAUACCUAAAUGAUUCUCAGACUGCAACCAGUUUCUGGAUGACGUUUGAAUAAACACUCUGCUGGUAUGCUCCUUGGCAUUUCUCUGUUUCGCGGCAGCUGAAACAUACUCGUAUGAUGAUCAAUUCAGCUUGAUGCUGCUGUUCUGAUCGGUGCUGGCUCUUUAAGGAUAGAAAAUGUUACUGCAUUUUUCUUUAUUGAUAGAUAUUACACGCAAGGUUAAUCACUUGAAUGGCCAAACAGAAAACUAUUACAUGUGAGGGGGUCAAAGUGAACUGACAGAUGCCUUGUAUAUCAAUGUGUUGAUAUCUGGACUUGGUGCCAGAUCGGUUGUUGAAUAUCCCAUUCAAUAUCAGUCAGAGCAUUUCUCAUUGUCUCCUAGAGAUUUGAUUCCCUAUC